UAAAUAAAAGCAAUAGUAGUAUCAACCUAUCAAAAAUAAUUAAAAGCUAUCAAAUAAGCUAAUAUGCAAAAAUCAAAACAAGACUAACCUUUAAAGUCAAUUUUAAAACAGUCUCGCCCCACAGACGAGCAUUACCUGAGAAAUCUUGAAAGAGAAGUUAAAUAUUGGAAGAGUAGAUUUGAUGAUUUAACUUAGAAAAGGCAAAAGCAAACUCAUGGAAUUUAAAGAGGAAGUAUAUGGGAUAUAUAAUAAGACGAAUAAAAAGAAAUAGAAAUAUUUCAGAAGAUAGAAUAGUAGAUUUUAGCUGGUUAGAAUAUAGAAUAAUAGCAAGAGCAUUUAAUUGGAGUAAAAAUGGAUGACUAAAAGGAAAACAGCAUGCUAAAGUUUGAAAUCACCAGCUUAAGUAAUUUAUAGAUGCACUCUGAAAAUGAUUUAUUCUAGGUAAAAGAUGGGUCACCAUAGGCUGUGUAAAAAACAUAAUCUGCAUAAGAGAUAUAGCAAUCUAACUGGGUAGAACUUAAUUAGUAAUUAAGCAACUUGAUAAAAGAGAGAGAUUUAUGGAAAUCUAAAUAUGAAGAGUCUAUACAUCCUAGGAAUAUUUAAAAAAUUUAAGAAGAAAUGCUGCAAGAUUUUUUGUUCAAAGCUCAAAGUGGAAUUUAAGAGGCUGCUGAGUAAUUUGAUGCUGAAAAGAGAGCUUACAUUAAUUCUAAGGUGUAAGAGGUCAAUAAAUUGCAGGAGAAAAUUCUUGAGUAUGCUAGCAUGGUUUCAGAUAAAGAUUCUCUUCUUCUUUAAAAAGAAAUCUAAAUUUCAGAGGUUGAGCUUACUGUAAGAGAAAAAGAGAGUUAAAUUCUCAAACUGAAGGAAGAAUUGAAAUUUUAGAACGAGCAAAUUGCUAACCUUAGGCAAGAUAAUGAAAAUUAAAUUAAAUAUAAAUAAGAUUCAUUUUAAAUUGAAUAAAAAUUGAUGGAAGAAAUAGAAAAAAUUACUUAAGAAAAGACAGACUUAGAAAACGAGAAUAAAUCUUAAAACCAAACAAUUACAGAGUUGAGACAAAAGAUAGAUCAAUUGAAGGAAAAAUGUGAUGAGUUCAAAGAUAAGAUAUCUAAAUUAAAAAGCUAAAAUGAGGAAUAAGAAGAGCUAAAUGAGUAGCUAGAGGAAUAUCGCAGUACUACAUGCACAUUAACACAAGAAAAUGAGUCUUUAAAAAAUGAGAUAAACUAACUACAAAAUAAACUAAAGAACUAUGAAAAAAUGAUUUAACAAAAAGGAAUCGAAGUGUAAACCAUGAUACUUAGUUUAUAAGAAGAAAUGAAGAAUUAUGCAAAUGAAGUUUAGCUUUUGUAAUAGGCAGAAACGAAGUAAAAUGAAAAGAUUAAAGAUCUAGAAACACAAUUGCUUAGGGAAAAACAACUCACACUUAUACUUUAAGAUACUAUACUAAACAAAUCUUUAAUAUAGCAAUCCUAAAGACAGUAGUGCAAAUAACUGAAUGAAAGUGAUAAUUUUCCAUAAAAAAUAAAUGAUAGGAUUGAGUGCUUAAAAACUCCUGAAAAAUCACUUUUUAAAGACAAUACAAAUUUACUAUAUAGUAGUAAUAAAAGUAGACUCGAAGAUCAUUCAAAAGAAGCUCAUUCUAGUCUCUAUCUGUCAGUAAAUAAUGAGAACUAAAAUUGA